AUGCGAUUGCAGCCAGAACAAAUUGAGAUAUCGGAUUACCCUCUGAGCGCGGCAAUCGACAAGCUCGGCGGUGACGAUGUUCUCCUCUCAUCUAUCGACUUGAACAUAAGCGUCGUAAAGUUUCCAAAGGAGCCGCCAAAUGCAAGUGAAGAAGAGAAGCGGAAAGUAAUGAACCGAAGGUUCGUCUCGGGCGUGAGCGGAAGAGUCCCACUGGGAUACCGCCCGCGCAACAAGAAGAAAGGAUCCACCGCCAAACCCGGGGAUCCAUGGGAGAUUCGAUGGGACUGGGACGAAGGAAAAGGCGCACACGUGAACCUGGUGUGUGGAUCGGGCAACCGCACCAAGUUUGCGUUCAAGAUGCGCACCCGCAUCAGAUCCGGCUAUGACACCUACAUCGAAGUCAUUAGGCAGAUGUCGGCGCAUGUUGGGUACAACACCCUGCCUGGCCCGCCUGCCGCGCAGGAUACUCCCGAGGGACGGCUUCGUACUGACAGGAACCGCAACGCUCCUUUAACGGAGCAAAUGAAGAAAAAGUUGCUGGAGGGUGCAGCAAAGUCAUUGAUUAAAAAGUGGAUAAGCGAACUGGGGCCUAGGGCUAGGCUUUGA